GGCGAAACCGCGAAAAAUCAAGCAUCCGUCAACGCAACGAAUACGAUUUAUGGCGCGAAACGUUUGAUCGGGCGGAACUACGACGAUAUCGGCUUACAGACGGACCUCCGCCACUUCCCGUACGCGGUGAUCAAUAAGAAUGGAUGAAGGGGUUGGCGGAGGCUUGGUUAGGUACUAGUGUUGGUAGGGCCGUGGUUACUGUGCCGGCUUAUUUCAACGAUUCUCAGAGACAGGCCACCAAGCUGGCGGGCCGUAUCGCUGGCUUGGACGUCAUUAGGAUAAUAAACGAACCUACCGCAGCGGCUUUCGCUUACGGGUUUCUUAAAAACAUCAAUUCGGAUAGAAAUAUUUUAGUCUAUGACCUUGGCGGCGGGACUUUCGAUGUAUCAGUUCUGAAGAUAGGUCGAGGCUGUGUGUAUGAAGUGAAAGCCACAGCUGGCAACACCAGGCUUGGGGGUGAAGACAUUGACAACCGUCUGGUGGCGUAUUUCCUUGAGGACAUCCGUAAACGAUAUAAGACGGAAGUAAGGAGCGCACGGUCUAUGAGGAGGUUGAAGUUUGCUGCUGAGAAAGCCAAAAAGGCUCUGACCUCGUCGAACCACGCUGAAGUGUUUAUAGAAGCUCUGUGCGGUAUCAACUAUAUUGGUAAAAUAUCACGUUCUAUAUUCGAGCAUCUGUGCCUCGAUCUGUUCAAAGAUACCCUCAAACCGAUAGAUCAGGCGUUGAUGGAUGCCAGUAUGACCAAGGAUGAUUUACACGAGGUCAUAUUAGUCGGAGGCAGCACCAGGAUUCCUAUAGUGCGGAGGAUUCUAAAGGAAUAUUUUGGCUCUAGGAAGAUAUCUAGUGCGAUAAACCCAGACGAGGCUGUAGCUUGCGGCGCAGCGAUCCAAGCCGCCAUAUUGUCCGGCGAAACUCACGAGAGGAUACAGGAGCUGUUACUAGUGGAUGUUGUGCCAUUGUCCCUGGGCCUGGAAACAGCCAGGGGCUUAAUGUUCAAGGUAAUAGAACGAAACACGCCGAUACCCUGCCGGGUUGUUAAGGAAAUAACUACGUUGGAGGACUAUCAGAACGCUAUGACCAUAGAAAUAUUUGAAGGUGAACGUACUCUCACCAAAGAUAAUCACUGCUUGGGUGUAUUCGAAAUGCAGAACAUCCCGCCAGUGCCACGAGGAGUCGCAAAAUUGGAUGUGAUUUUCGAAGUGGAUGCAAAUGGUAUCCUGACGGUAUCAACUGUGGACAGAACCACCGGUAACAGCAACAGUAUCACCAUCGAGAACAUCAGUAGGUUGCGGCAGCAGGAGAUCAGCAGAAUGAUAUCCAAUGCUGAUAGAUUCAAGGAAGAAGACAUGGAGAACAAGAGACGCCUGGAAGUGAGAAAUCAGCUGGAGUCUUAUAUAUAUAACGUUAAGAGAUCUGUCGUUGAGAAUCUGGACAGUUUAAGCGGGGAGGAGUUCAGAGAUAUGAUUGGUGAAUGCGAGGACGCGCUUACCUGGCUCGAUGAGAACGAGGAUUGCUUGAGAGAGGAGUAUGAGAGGAAGAUGUCGGAGUUGCUGCAGCGUUGGUCGUGUGAUAUACGGAAGCUGGACGCCGCGCACAGAGCUAAAAGGCACAGAGGAGAGUCAGUCUGUGACCAGACAGCUAUUAUAGAAGAACUGUCCGAGGAGCGCUGAAAGAAGAAUACGGUUAUUCUAAUUAUAUUCAGCACUGAUGAAUUUCAAACGUUUUUUUCGCGCACCACGCCAUGAAACGCGCAUUAUAAUAUCAAAUGUUCUAGAACAGUCUCCAUAUCAUUGGCAUUCAGAGAGCCUUGUCAAAUAUUUAUGUCGAAAGCUAUUCAGAAAUUACAAUUAGGCUAACACCACGGAAUUCGUUAGAAUAUUUCAAACUACCUUCGUCGUUGAAUAAUAAACUAAUGAAAAAAUGAUGUGGUGUUUUUAUUUACAUAACCACUUAUAGCGCGACUUCCAAAGAGGUUGCGUUAUACGUUCAACGCUCUGGAGGGGGGAUAGACAGAGACGGAGCGAGAGUGAACGGGUGGGGCUAUUGGGAAUUGUAGGCAAUGUUUAUAAGGUUUGCCUUGAAACAAUGAGUUGUCUAAAAAUUGUUUUCUACCCCUUGUAAUUUUCAUUUCCACGUUACGAAGUUACACUUAUUCCACGUGGAGGGAAUCUAAGCACUAUUUGUUGUGAACAGAAUAAAUAGUGCCAGUACUAAUAAGAAUGAGGGCAAAAUAUUGUCUUGUAUAUAGAUCAAGUCACGGCCAGCCAAAAGAAAAACUACGAAAUUUCCUUAUAUGUAUAUUAUAAUAAGAAUUACAUAUUAAAACUUAUCAUCAUCAACAACGGUGAAGGAAAACAUCGUGAGGGAAACCUGGUCUUAUAAUUUCCAAUUAUAAGAUUGAAAUCGCCAACCCGUCUUGAGCGAGCGUGGUGAUUAAUGCUCUAACCUUCUCCAUGUGAGAAGAGGCCUUUGCUCAGCAGUGGGCUUCGAUAGGCUCAUGAUGAUGAUGAUGAUGAUGAUGAUCAUCAACAAUCAUGUAUGUCUUAGGUAUAGGUUAUACCUAAGACUACAUGAUUGCCCCGAUGUUAGGACAGCAAUCCCAUUCCAUAGCUUGUGUUGUAUCAGGAAUUUUCUGGUUCACACAAUCAGUUCCUCGUUUUUCAGAGUUAUAAUAUUUUAUCUAUACAAUGUUGUUGUCCCAGCGGUGUUCGUUAAAUGUUUAGUACGUUACGCUUACGUAACACGUAUUGCGAUUUAGAGUUAUCACUUGAUAAUAUUUUUAUCUGUAUGUCAUUUCACCAAUGAGUUUUUAAUUUAAAAUAAUUAUUAAGUCAUAUAUAUCAUUAAUAUUAAUUUAAUAUUCUUUUAUAAGUUGAAUCUUGUUGUAUUUGUAUGUUAUUGUUACAUUAAUUACAAAACACAACCGACAUUUUAAAGAGAAUAAUGAAAAUAUUACGACAUCUUAAUAAGUCACUUGUUUAUUUCCAAUUUCCACAGAAUAAUGAAUGAUUACAUCCAGACAUGCUCUUUAAAUAAUCUCUCCUCUCCCCUCCACAACUCGCCCGCCACAAACCUUUCCCUUAGUCAAUACAGCUUCUCUUUAUUUUUGUUACAUUACAUGUAUUUAAAACAAAUACCAAUAACACCAAUACAUAAAGCGGAAAACAAUUCUAAGAUCACAGAUUUUAAUUCAAAUCGUGUAAAUAUUUUUUUA